AUGUCUAUGAAUUUAAGUGCACGCAAAAUGAGUCACACUGAAAAAGGUUUCGACGCGGGAACCAAUGAAAAUAGCGAAUUAUUAACUAAUCAAAUGAUGGCGGAAGGCGCCAAUUUGCUCCAAUUAAUCGAGGAAAAUACUCUGUCAGUCAAACCUAACCAUACUUUGAGGCUUUUAAAAGAGGCCAUUGAACAUGUGUCGGAAGGUAAACCCUUAGAUGAUAAUAUCGAUUCGAAAGCGAAAGGUUCGAUCAAAUUGGUAGAAAAGAUUUUGAUUCCUCAGAAAGAAUUUCCUUUCAUAAACUUCAAAGGUCAUCUACUUGGAGCUGGUGGCAAAAUUUUGAGAAAGAUUCAAGAUGAAACGGAAAGCAAAAUCAUGAUAUUAGGCGCUGGUUCAAUGAAGGAUAACGCGAUCGAAGAGGAAUUAAAGAGGAGCGGAAAUUCCAUGUACAAACAUUUAGAAGAGCCAUUGCAUAUAUGCGUAGUCUCGGAAGGGCCACCCAUGAUUGCCUUUACAAAAAUGGGCUUAUCUUUAAAAGAAAUAACUAAACUGUUAAUUCGUGUCGGAAUCGGAUCCACUAUGAAUGCGGCCUAA